AUGGAUAUCUUGUUCUCUGCAAUCGUAGGUGACCUCGUUAGCAAGUCGGCGUCGUUUGUGGUCAGCAAAUGCUUCCAGCAGCAGCCUGGCAUCGAUAUGACUCUGCAGAGGCUAGAGAGAGUUGUAAUGAGAAUCGACACCGUCGUCGAGGAGGGAGAGGGGCGGCUCAUCACCAACCAGGGGAUGCUCCGUCAGCUCAAGCUGUUGAGGCAAGGAAUGUACAGAGGCCACUACAUUCUUGAUGCCUUGAGACUUCGAGCCAUUGGCGAGAAGGAGGAGGAGGAUGGGGGGUUGAGCCACUCAUCUUCUGCCCUGUCCAAAUUCAUUCCAGCCAAACGGCUUCGUUUCUCUCGCAGCACCGGCAGUGGUAGCUGCAACACAGAAGCACAGUUGUUUGGUACAAACAACAACAUUCAAGAAGAGCUGCAACGGGUGGUUGACACCCUUGAAGACACCAUGGCUGGUAUGAAUGAAUUUCUUUUUCUAUUGGAGUCCUAUCGUCGGAUACUCCGCCAACCUUACGGCGCGUAUUUGCUCUUGGACAAUUGCAUGUUUGGUCGCCAAAUGGAACGGCAGCGGGUCCUGAAUUUCUUGUUGUGUUCCAAUGCUACUCCAGAUCUUGCUGUACUUCCCUUGGUUGGUCCAAUAAGAGUAGGGAAGACCACCCUUGUUGAGAAUGUUUGUAAGGAUGAGAGUGUGCGUCAUCGCUUUUCGAUGAUCCUCUUCUUUCCAGAAGGCUGUCUCAGGGAUGAAGCAGUGAUCGACCUGAAAGAAGACAAUAUUAAUCGUCUAGUCAGACAUCAGAAUUGUUCUUCUCAAAACAGAUUGCUGGUUAUAGUCGAAAUAGCCGAGGACAUUAACCAGGGCACAUGGAGAAGGCUGAAAUCUUCCAUAACCGGCAUGACACCUUGUGGUGGGAGUAAAAUCAUUAUCACCAGUCGAUCAAACAGAAUUAUGAGUCUGGGAACAACAGAAGCACUUCAACUGGACUAUCUGUCUCAAGAAGCUUAUUGGUAUUUUUUCAAGUCGCUUGUAUUUGGAAGCACAAACCCUGACGAGGAGCCAAAAUUGGCAAAGAUGGCCAUGGAGAUCGCUUUGGAACAGAGACAAUGUUUCACAAGUGCGCAUAUUAUUGCUGAUAUACUGAGAGAUAACUUCAAUGCUCGAUUUUGGCGCACUGUUCUUCACUGUGUGAGAGCAUAUAUACAGACACAUCUCCAUAUGUUUGAAAAGCACCCAAACCUUCGGGUGCGUGUAGAUGAACCAGUAUACUAUUGGAGAAUGGAGAAGAGCCGCGGAUAUUUCUUGAUUAGCAAGUAUCAUCAGUCAGAUUCCAGUGAGGAAGUCCCUAGGAUCAGUAUGCGGGACAUUCUCCUCGAACGUGGUGGUACACUACCCCGUGGAGAAUUUGAGGCUGUUGCAUGGAGGUCUCGCAUACCACCCUACUACAACUACACGAUAAGUUGUAAGCUGCAAGAACCACAACUGACAGUGGGAAGGAAGAAGCGUGUGCAUCAGCAUGAAGAACAUUUGAUUUGA